UUAUUUCAUGUAACCCUCGAGAGUCCAUACUCGAGCUUUCCCAGGGCUGUCAUGCACAAAGGUGGAGCGUGAUCAAAACAGCCUUUUGUUUUGAUAUGACGUAUGUAAAGCCUGGACACCCACAAUGCAUCACGGCGCGCGAAACUCAACUAGGUAAUUAAUUAUUGCACCGCUAGCUAGCAUAAGUUAGUUAGCGAUAGCUACUAGCUCACGGAAUAAAGAAAAUGAACAAAAAAGACAACGGAGGUUUAACAGUCAUAUUUGCUUACCUAAACGAGAAGAACCGUCCUUACAGUGCCCAAGAUGUCUUUAGCAAUUUACAGAAGCAGCACGGCCUGGGAAAGACGGCUGUGGUUAAAGCCAUGGAACAGUUGGCACAGGAAGGGAAAAUCAAAGAGAAAACCUAUGGGAAGCAAAAGAUAUACUUUGCUGAUCAGGCCCAGUUUGCAGAGGUGAGUGAGGCAGAUCUGAAGGCCAUGGACAGUCACAUCUCUGACCUCAGCACACAGGUGGAGGCUGUCUCUCAGGGCUGCAGGCAGCUGGACGCAGAGCUGAAGGAGCUCAACAGCUCCCUGACCACAGAGGAAAUGAUGUCAGAGAUCCAGGAGCUGAAAGCAGAGUGUUCUGGGUACAGGGAGCGCCUGGAGAAGAUCAAGUCAGCGACCAAUCAUGUCACACCAGAGCAGAAGGAGAAGGUUUACAAGGAGAAACAUCUCUACGUGAAAGAGUGGAAGAAGAGGAAGAGACUGGCAUCUGACAUGAUGGGUUCCAUUUUGGAGGGAUACCCCAAGACCAAGAAGCAAUUUCUGGAAGAAGUUGGUGUGGAGACUGAUGAGGACUGUAAAGUGACUAUGCCAAGUACCUGACAGAAUGUUGGAGGAUCUCUUACUUUGACUUGAAUGUCAAUUCAGACGGAGUUGCAUUAUGCCAUCAAAACUCAUUCCAGGAAUAACUAAUUACUAUUUUUUAUUUGUAUGUUUUGAUGUUGAUUUGAAGAAUCUUAAUGUUUUGCAAUAAUACCUUGUACAGAUGUAUCCUUGCAAUUAAAAAUCAUAUUCAUACGAAAUACUUUCAUCAAACUUCAUCAGUAAAAUAAUGUAACAGUAGACCUGAUUUUAUUUAUACCAGCACAGAGACUUGUCGUAUAAAAUUAUCCCUUUUUAAAGUCAGGUGAUUACACAGAUUAAACAUUCACAUCUGUUAAGUUUACCAGAAGAUACAUUUGGUACAAGUUCUCCUGAGCACAUUGUCAAAAUAAAUUAUCAUUCACAUUCAUUUUUACAUUCUUGACUGUUUAAGGCCAGGAUUCAAUCAGAUCUAUGGUAACCUGCGUCAGCCGACAAACGCAUUGCUUUUGUUUAGGCGGUGUUAGAGCUGUCAGAUCGGCUGAUCAUUGUAAAACCACACCCGUCCUUAUAUCCCACCCACCUUGGAAGUUCAGAACAAGAACGUGUAGCCUAUAUUGAAAUGACACUCGAUCAUUAAAUGAAAUCGAGAUUUGUACCACCCUAAUCGAGGUGUAGGUAUCACACAUUUCAGUGUUAUAAUUUGUAACAUGGCUGCACGGGAUUUCUACUAAUAUGACUCGGUGCAUCCAAUGGCAAUGCCAGUUACGGUUAACGCCAGGAGCUUCUUGUGGAUUUGACAGCUCUAACGGAGUAACACCACCUAAACAAAAGCAAUGAUAAGCUAUGCAUUUACCACUAAUCUGAUUGAAUCCUGGCCAGUUUUUUGGUUCAGAGAUCCUGUUUAAUACAGAACUAUUCAUUAAAUCACUAUUCUACCGUGUCUUUUUGCCAAUAAAGAUUAUGAAAAGGCGAAAA